AAGACAUUAAGAACAAGUUGUAUUACCCUUGGAAAACAAAGGUUUGAUCCAUCAUGUCCAUAAAGUUGUCCACCUCAGAUGGUCUGAGCCAGGAGUUUGCGGAUUCAGUCAAGAACCUGCAAAAGGAUGGCGNUCAUUUCAAAAGAGCCGUUGUUACCUCAGGAACUUGGAUCUUCUACGCCCAUAAAUUAUACAAUGACGGAAAAGCUGGUCUAGCUGACUACAAGGUUCUCCAACCCGGAGCAAAUGAAGACAUCUCAUGUGUGAAUGGCUCCAUGUAUCUCCUUGAAGACCAAGUGGAAGGAAUCAUUCUGUUCGAGCACAGUAACUACGGCGGAGAAAGGAAGUGGUUUGAAGAAAGUUGCUCAGAUGUGAACCCCUAUUUCCAAAGCGGGAGAAGCGCAGGGGUUUCCUCAGCCAUCGUGUUAUCCAAGAACCAGCAAUUUGCCAUCUUCGCCAGUUCCAACUAUAAGGGUCUGCAACAGCAACUUGAUGGAGGCAAGUGGUAUGUGAAUCCAAACGCCAUGAAAUUCCCCAACGAUCAACUGCAGAGCUUCCGCAAGAUAUGAGAUAACCAAUCUGACAGGCUCUAUGCUUUCAUUUCUUAGAAAAUUUUUCUCUUUUUUCUUUUGUUUAUUCUUUGCUUGUUUCUUGUUUUGGCCUCAUUGCUAACCUUUGAGUGCUGAAGAUUUUGUAAAACAAAACUUUUCAGUUCAGCAUAGUACUUUGAAUCAUUGAUACGAUUUAAAUAAAAGAAGCUUGUUGUUAAGUUAA